AACAAGUUUCGUAUCGAAUGUUGCCUUUUUCACUUUCAUAGUUUCCUACAUAGUUUUACAUUCAAUAGCUCUACUUUUUUGGGAUAAAAAUAAUACGUAAACAUUAAUAGUUGUACGCAACGUAAUAGAGAAUCUUUUUUCUGGGUAAGGAUUCGUAGCAAUUGCGGUUAUGAAGACUUGAUACAGUCCGGACAUAUUGAGAUACAGAACAGGCUGUACAAUGGAGGAAGAGUUCGAUGAUGCGUGGAACAAUAAUGCAGCCCGGAGCAAUGCGUCGGAGGAGGAGGCGGAAAUGAAUGAAGAUCCAUCGGAAAAUUCCAAAGCAGUAUUAAAUGAUUGUCUGCAGCGGUUCGCGAGUGUGGAUUACAUCAUGGAACCGAGCAUCUUUGUCCAGCUGAAGCGUUACUUUCAGGCGGGCGGAACAGCGGAACAUGUUAUCAAUCAGCUGUCUUCGAACUAUGCGGCGGUAGCACAAAUGGCGAACCUUCUUGCCGAGUGGCUUAUCAUGGCCGGUGUGCGCGUAACAGACGUACAGGCUAUGGUCGAAAACCAUCUGAAGGACAUGAUACUGAAAACGUUUGAUCCUAAAAAAGCGGAUAAAAUCUUCACCGAGGAGGGUGAAACACCCGGUUGGUUGACGGAGAUGAUUGAGCAUCAUACUUGGCGCUCGUUGAUAUACCGUCUGGCAGAAGAAUAUCCGGAAUGUUUGAUGUUGAACUUUACCAUAAAGCUAAUUUCGGACGCCGGAUUCCAGAGUGAGAUAACUUCCAUCUCAACGGCCGCUCAGCAGAUAGAAGUAUUUUCACGUGUGCUAAAAACAGCCAUCGCCAAAUUUCUGAGCCACCCAGAGGACUGGCAGAGCGCGAUCGACGAGGUGGCAAAGAUGGUAUGCCACGGACAACAUACGUAUGUAUACAGCCAGGUGUUAAUACAGGUGCUGUCACAUGAGCCAAAGGGUGGAUUCAUCAUGAAACGACUUUCACAAGAAAUUACCAAAUAUGCACUGAAAAACAAUCACAACGUAACGCCUAUUACGAUGGCUUUAAAUGGUUCCUCACGGCAUCCUCAAGCAUGUGAGGCGCUUACAUCAAUGCUGUCACGCAACACCCUCAACCCAGCAGAUAUAACGGUGCUGUACCGCAACUACACCUCUCCCGAGCCGCCUCCUAUCGAUUUGAUCCGCAAUCCACAGUUUCUUGACCUGCUCGUCGAUUCGUUGUUCAAGGUGGGCAUGAAGAUUAACCAGGAGCACAAAUCGAAGUACAUCUAUCUGCUCGGAUACGCUGCAAGUGUGUGCGAAAUACCAACGAAGAAAGGCCAACCGAAAGGACAUCGGGUUUUGAACAAGGACGAACUGAAAGCAACGAUUAUUGCGAUCGAGAAAGUGCACGCCAUAUGCAACGUGAGUCGUGGCUCGAGCGAGCUAAUUCCAGACAUCUCUACCCUGUACAGCUGCAUCCGGUUUCCGGUGGUGGGGGUGGGAGUGAUCCGUUGGGUGGAGAACACCGUUACCGAACCGUCCUACUUUAAACUGUGCACCGAAAGCUGUCCGCUUCAUCUCGCUUUGUUGGACGAAGUGGCCUGCGUACAUUCCUCGCUGCACGACCAAAUUCUGCGUCUGUUGGUGCGCUUGUUUGAGUCGAAACAGGACGAACUGGAGAUUUUGGUGCAGCUGGAGCUGAAAAAGAUGCUACUUGAUCGGAUGGUGAAUCUGUUGGCGCGUGGAUGCGUCGUACCGGUGGUGAAGUACAUCAGCCAAUGUUGCAUGAAGGGUGAUACGGAUAUUUCGUUGAUUCGGUACUUUGUAACGGAGGUCCUCGAAACCGUAACGCACCCGUACUCGAGUGAGUUCGUUCAACUGUUCCUUCCGAUGGUGGAAAACGAGGAAAUUACAGGAUCGAUGCGCGGCGAAGGUGAUAACGAUCCAGUUUCGGAGUUUAUAGUACACUGUAAGGCCCACUACACGACACUGUAGGAAGAGGAAACGAAUAGUUGCUGCAGAGGUAAGAUUAUUAUUGAUUAUUUUAAAAAAGAUUUCAUUAUGUUUAAAUUUUGCCAAAUCAUCUUCUAUCAUAAUCAUCAUCCUUUUCCUUAGCACCAUGCCUUGAACGUCCUACGAACGUAAAAGAAAAUAAUUCUUAAUAUUUUAUAUUAUCAAUAUUUUAUUGAAUAUGCCAUAUAUUUGCUUUACCGAGUGACUUUACAUAUUGCACAGAUAUUAUCCAAAUAUUACUGUCAUACAGUAAAAUCGUCCAAAGCGUUGCAGAAUUAAUUGCCAAUCAAUUAAGUACAAAAGAUUACAUCAUCAAUUGCUUGUCAGUCAAAUUAUUAGAUCAAUUUUAUUACACUAUAAUUAUUUUUUAUUUAUUUUGAUUUCAAUUUUAAUAGCUUCUUUCAUUAUAUUUUAGUUAUUGUUUCAUUACAACAUAUUCUGUUGUUUGAAAAAAUAAAAUCAUUGAAAGUUAUAUUCUCCUGCUAAUCGUCCCUUCCCAUUCACAUGAUAGUCGAUCUGCUUUGGCAUUUUAGUAUUUUAUAUCUUUUCUUGUUAGAAAAAAAAACAAACAAACAAUUUAAUAAAAAAAAACAA